AUGUUUGCAUUCUCGCUGAAGACGGCGUCUUCCUCUGCCUGCACCGCGAUGAGUGAUGAAUGCUUCUCGGGGAGGAGAAGGACGAUGAAACGAUUUGAAUCCAUCGUUCCCAGAGCGAAGAAAACGACGAAGAAAAAAGGAGGUUCGGGAGACCGAGGAGGAGGUUCCGGAGGAAGUGGUGGUGGAUUCAGCCAAGACUGGGCGAACUACGGCUCGUUCGACGAGUCGUACUUUGAAGACGCGGAUACGAUGUAUAAACCGUCGCAAAUGUUCAACACGACCAAGGCAAAGAGGAAAAGCGGCGCGCAAAACGUGCUGGAGAUUUUGGCGGAGGAGAGGAAACAGAGAAGGGCGCAGAAUUACGUGAAAUACGAGGAGGAGAACUGGGAGGAAGAGGAAGAGGAGGAGUAUUGGGAGGACGAGGAGGAGGAGGAAGUCGAGGAAGAGUACGUGAACGCGAGCGCUCCGGCGGCGUCGGCGCAAUCGACGAUGGGAAGCGUAGAGAGUAAGCCGAAACCAACGAAACCGAAUAACCCACCGGCGAGACGAGCACCACCGCCUCCGCCGGCGCCGAAAGUACAAUCUACGCCGAAACCGAAACCGAAACCGAAACCGAAACCAGUGAAGAACGAAACGCCAGAGGAGGCGAAGGCAAAGGCGACGAAAACGCUCGCCAAGUGGGGGUUUCAGGAAGAGGAUAUCGCCGAGGCGAUGAAGAACGCGUCCGACGGGUCGACUGCGAAGCAAAUGCAGAUUCAAGUUCUCGAUUACUUAUUGGAGACGGCACCGUUGGAGAAUAUCCCGCAAGAAUAUCUCAUGGACGCGAAGCAAAAAAGAAUGUAA